GCUGAAUGUUCGAACCGUAUCGCGUGUCUGACCCAUUGCAUAACCUCAAAAUUCAAAUGCAAAACAAUAUUAUUUUUUACUUGGUCUCCGAUUUGUAGAUUGUUUUUAAAGAUUAUCUAUUUGCAGCUGAGAAUAGUUUGUGUGAAUCCUGAAGUGUUAGUGUUCACUCAGUCGCAUAAUUUAGUAAAAUGGAAAACGAGUCGCUCAAGAAAAAUACCUUGCUAGGUUUGGGAAACCCUUUGCUAGAUAUUUCCGCGAUAGUGGAACAAGAGUUUCUUAUCAAAUACGAGUUGAAACCAAAUGAUGCAAUUCUCGCUGAUGCUGAAAAGCAUAAAAAUUUGUAUGCGGAGCUUGUGGAAAAAUAUAAAACUGAAUAUAUUGCUGGAGGAAGCGUUCAAAAUGCGCUAAGGGUUUGCCAAUGGCUAAUUGGAAAACCUAGCGUUACAACGUUUUUUGGCUGCGUGGGCGAAGACAACUAUUCAAAAGUAUUAAACCAACGCGCUGUAUCAGAAGGAGUAAAUGCUAGGUACCAAUAUACUGGAGCAGAACCAACAGGAACGUGUGCGGUUUUGGUUACUGGCCACCACAGAUCCUUAUGUGCAAACUUAGGUGCAGCUAAUUGUUUCACUAUUGAUCAUAUCCUGUUACCCGACAAUAAGAAGCUAGUAAACACGGCUCGAUUUUAUUAUAUUUCGGGUUUCUUUUUGACAGUUAGUCCACCUUCGAUUAUGGAGGUAGCAAAUGUCGCUCUGGCUAAUGAUAGACCUUUGGCUAUGAAUUUGAGCGCUCCUUUUAUUUCGCAGUUUUAUAAAGAACCACUUAUGCAAGUUCUACCUUAUGUGGAUGUACUCUUCGGAAAUGAAACUGAAGCGGAAACAUUCGCACAGGAGCAAGACUUUGGAACAAAAGACAUCAAAGAAAUCGCUAUUAAAUUGUGCAACAUGCCUAAACAGAACGAAAAACGAUCCAGAGUAGUAGUGUUAACGCAGGGCGUUCAUCCUGUUAUUCUGGCACACAAUGGGAAAAUCAAAGAGUUUCCGGUUAAGGUGUUACCUGCCGAUCAACUAGUUGACACGAAUGGUGCUGGUGAUGCUUUUGCGGGAGGAUUUUUAUCUCAAUACAUACAAGGACGAGACUUGACUGUGAGUAUAAAAUGCGGAAUGUGGGCAGCUAGGCAAAUAGUUCAAAGAAGCGGUUGUACUUUUGAUGGCAAAGCCAAUUUUGAUCCUGCGGAGGAAUAACGUCAGGAGUAGGUACUUAAGUGGCAAUGAUAAAGUAUGUGAAAAAUAACGCUCAUACUUUCAUUUUUGGUUUACUGGGGCGUUCUCAAUAUUUCAGUAUAUGUAUUAUUGCAUUGAAAAGCAAUGUAACUUAAGUUGGGGUGAAUAGGCAAAUAUGACUCUUUUCUCCUCCUCGCAACGGUAACCUUCAAUUUAAUUCUUUAAUGCGGUUUGACGAUUUACUAUAGCGAACAAGAAUGGAAAGAUGUCCAUGGCAUUUCUUUAAAAAGCAGACUAGCAAAUAGAUUUAGUUACUAGUGGACAACUCUGCAGUUAACAUUAAAGUAACAGGAUAGUCAAGUAAUACCCCCAUAUUAAGAAUAUUUAAGAAGUAUUAUAGCAUUUUCUAUUGAUCCACUAUAUAUAAAAGGAAAAAUCUGAAGGAAUCAAAAGUUGCAAUUAUGCAAUCAUUUGGAUCUGCAAAUUUUAUUCAAUGCUGUGAUAGAUCCGUUAUAAUAUGCUAGCUCCAGAGCAAAACUACUAUUUGGCGAAAAGUAGAUGCAAAAAUCUAAUACAGGGUUAAUACAGAAAAUGAACUAGAAACUGAUUUUAAAUUAUACCCGUUUUACUGGUUUUCGAAAUUCGAAUUAUCUAUUAUUGAAUUUUUAAAUUAAGAUGAGUAUUGUCUGAUUACGUUAUGACAAUAAUUCUGAAAUUAUAAUAGUAGUUAAUACUUGCUUGUUUUUAAUUGGCUAAAAAUAAUUGAGUCCCAUUUUUAUUAAUAUUUCGAAUAUAGGCUAAAACUGGCCUAGGAAAGAUGAUAGCUAAUUCACCCCACGUUUUCUAGUAGCCCCAGUUAUACACUUUUUGGUUUUUCAAGGUUUUCUUAAUAAUGAAAUUUUAAAGUGAAUUUCAAAUUAUAACAAGUUACUUAAAUUGUGCUUCCUUUUUGUUCUACAUUAAAUCUUCCCGAAUUAUUGAUAGUAAAGUAGGUUAGUGCGUUAUGAUAUUAUAUAGUUAAAAGAUGUCAAAAUAUCACUUUCAUGGAAUAAUGUAGAGGAACAGAUUGAUCUGCUAAACGCAAACACUCAUUGAGUCCCUCCAUAUUGAGUUGCAAGUUUGGACGCAAUACGUAUUAGUUCGUUCACUUAAAGGCAACAAGCAGGCUAUUUUUAUUGGAAUAUAAAAUCGCUUGCUGUGGGUUCCUGACUGUUUUUGUAUCUGCAAUCGGCUUCUGAAUGUACCUGAAGUAUACUUGAUUUAAAAUAAUGCUAAAAGUGAUCUAUUUGAAAAUGUCUGAACAAGCGCAAUAAAGUAUAUCAAUAAUUAAAAAACAGGGUAUUUGGAAAAGAAACAUACUUUGUUUGCAUUAACCAAGUUUAAAGUAGAUGUGUUGAUGCGUUGGCAACUGAUUAGGUUUAUGUACCGUGAAUAUAAUUACAUCAUUCUAUCAUAAAUACCUAGAAAUAUAACUAAAUGAAUAUUAUUACUGGGUAUUUUCCUAUGAUAAUAACAUACUUUUACAAAUUAUAUGUAUAUAUAAUUGGGUCAGGUUAGACCAAUUAGCAGUGAUCAUCUUUACUCUUUACACUCUAUGAUAAACAAUUACAUCGCGUAUUGAUAAUUCUAACACAAUAGUGUGUUUAGAUUUAUUUUAUCUAUAAAAAUACUGUAAAAAAAUAAAUAUCCAAUUACUGUAAAUUUCUAUAAACUUUAGAAUGGACUUGUUGUUGGUGCUCUUAAUGUUGUACUUAUUGUAAUUUUUUACUAUGUUGACAAAAUAGAAGCAUUGUUGGUU